AUGCAAUUCCAGUUCGAUAUUACCUACACUCAACUGAACGAGUCUGAAGAACUAGCGACGGGUUCACUGGAAACAGAAGUUGUCAGUUUUAGUCAAUUUAUCUUGACACUCUUUGUUAAGUGUACUCAAUGUGACAGUUUGAUAACCUUAGCCGGUAGCGAUAGUACAGACCUUUCUAUCAGCCACUCCGACAAGAUUGUUGUUGGUUAUGAUGGGCAGCAGUACACGACUGGAGAGAGUAUAGUCGGGUCAAUGAUGUGGAAGCAGAUUACAGUCAAGUAUUCUGGCACUGAGAUAAUUACAUACCUGGACAGUACAGAAGUUCUCAGAGAGCAAGUGUCUCCUCAAAGAAGAAAAAGGUCCACAGAAACACCUGUGAAUAUCACUGUGACAAUAGGAGGUGAAGGGUUUAUCGGUUCAUUCUCACAGUUAAACGUGUGGUCAGGUGUCACAUCAUUUACACCAGUUGUUACAGAUACCUGUUUUAACACAGGUCAGGGUGAUUUGAUAAGUUGGAAACAAUUCUCUGAUACUGAAGGAUCGUUUAUCAUAACAAAAAGCAAAUGUGAUGUCGACAACAACUGUGAUGAUACACCAUGCCAUAACGGAGGCACGUGCAGAGAUUCAGUUGGAAGCUUUUCAUGCGCAUGCGCAAGAGGUUUUUUACCGGAAGUUUCUGUGAGAUCAAUAUCGAUGACUGUCUUGACAACGCGUGUGAUAACAACGCUACAUGCAUCGAUGGACCUGAUAAAUAUAGUUGUGUUUGUUCGGCUGGCUUUAAGGGUGACUUAUGUGAAACCACUUUUGAGGUUUAAAUUUAUUUUUACUCUUCAUAUAGUGCGAGUAUGGUACGCUGAUUUAUUUGGUCAAGUUGGUGCCGAUUGA